AUGCCCAACUUACGAUACUACUCACCACAUAUCUGCGCUCGCUGCUUGCGAACUGUUCAACGCCAUAAUGGCUACCCAAGGUCCCAAUUCGCAUCGCGGUCCUUCUCUCAUCUCUCGCCACUUCGAGUCUCCAGCAAGAUAGCAGAGCAGGAGCGCCAUUCGAUCGAAGCCGAACCAUCUGAGAAAUAUCCGACGCCCGAAUCAUCUACGUCGCCACAGUCCAAUCAUGGACAGAAACAAGGGGCAAUGUCUAGACGCCUCGCGCAAGCGACUGAGGAUGCCCUUCUGGAAGGUGGCCGAGCGGGUCGAAAAGCAGUAGAAGAGGCAGGGUUUUCGGACGAGUUGAAAGACCAACUGUUGGAGAGGGUUCAGGCGCACAAGUUUCGAGAAGAGAAUCUCACCGCCUUCACGGAAGCUGGGCUGACAUCCAACGUUGGGAAAGGCUCUCGGGAUAUCGCUACGGCGCAAACAUGGGCGGGUGACGAAGCUCCUGAAGAUACGAUGCUACGAAUGGUGGACGAUGCGCGAAAGCCUUUAAAACCUGGCCUUCGAGGCCCUACCCAGAUACCGGACCCAGUUGUUGAUCUCAGGUUUAAGAGAACGCCGAAGCAGCGACCGGGGCAGCGGAUUGCCAAUGCCAAGGACAAGACAUCUAUAUAUGCAACCUCGAAGGACACGCAACUGUCAGACAAGGAAAGGGCUGCUCUGAGGCAAGAACUAAAAGAAAGAUUUAUGCCUGCUGCUCGGGCCAUGCCGAAUUCCCCUGGUGGGUUAGCCGCCCUGGCGAAUGAGAGGAUCGAGGAUGCUAUUGCAAGGGGGCAAUUCAAGGACAUUCCACGAGGGAAAGCAAUCAAACGAGAUCCGGGAGCUGAUAAUCCAUUCGUGGAUACGACCGAAUACCUAAUGAAUAGGAUGAUUCAACAGCAGGCUAUCGUCCCUCCUUGGAUUGAGAAACAACAAGAGAUUGUCAAGACGGCAAGUACACUUCGUGCCCGGCUGCGGUAUGAGUGGAAGCGUCAUGCCGCAAGAACGAUUGCAAGUCGUGGAGGGACUCUUGAAGAUCAAAUGCGACAAGCGGAUAUCUAUGCAGAAGCGGAGAGGCUGCAUAAUCCCAGGAGACAAGACGUGGAAAAGAUUGCUCUGGGAGGGAAUGCCACGGCCAGUCCUGUCAUAGUCAAGAUCGCCCAGCAACCUACAUCCCCCUCAGCAAGCGACCCGCCUUCAAUCCAAGUUCCAGUAGAGACCAAGGAUGUCGAAAUCGCCGUCUCGGAAUCUCCCGGAGCAUCAACGGGGGAAACUCCAAAGGCUCAGCCGCAACCAAGCCGUCCCCUUCCAGCACCCUUUCGCCUACCUGAGUGGGAAGCGGGUGAGCAGUCGUAUCUUCAACUCGCCAUCACCAACCUAAACAGUCUAACCAGGUCGUACAACCUAAUGGCGCCAGAACUGGCCAAAAAGCCAUACUUCUCCCUCGAGCGCGAGCUCCGAAACUGCUACGCCGAUGUUGCGCCCCAGCUGGCGCAAGAAAUCAGAGAAAGAGCUACUCAACCCCGCGCAAGAGACGUUACUGGAAGCUAUAAACCUGCAGGAGGAGGGGCUCUGGAAACGUUUUCCCAGGGUAAGGCGAAGGUGUAUGAUGACAAGAAGCCUAUGCCCCUGGCUCCUCCCGGCAAAUUCUCCGACGAAUGGGUUGCCGCCCGAGCCCGACCCGGCUGCGAUCCGGGCACCGCUAACUCUGGGCUAGUCGAGCACACUUGUGAUAACGCUGGAAACUCUAGCAACUCUAGUAACUCGAGUAGCUCUAGUAACUCUCCCCCUACGCAACUGCAACUCUGCAAACUCUGCAACCGAAUCAACCCAGGCUCAGCUCGGUCACCAAGCCACCAAGCCUAG